AUGCCCGAUUUCCAGAUUAUAUCCUCGCUUCGCUUCGAUCCAGCCCUCCCUGAAGCAGCUGCGCGCUAUUCGUCAUGCUACCCGGAUCCCGACAAGACGCCCUACUACCUUGUGCGCUACCAUCAAGACCGACUCAUAGCAGCUGCUCGUGAAUUCGAGUGGGAGGAGGCAUUGAAGUGGCUAGAGCAAGAUCUCGAAAGCUUCGAGCACUUCCUCGACGCGUCGAUACCGGAUCGAACCAAGGCGUGGAGGCUGCGCAUUGCAAUCGAUCAUGGUGGAAGAGCAAAGGUCGAGGUGAACGCGACGGCAGGAAUUGAUCUCAUGAGCUUGUUCAUUCCGUCGCUUCAUCCUGCCCCGAGCAAUCCUCCCUGGUGCGUCUACGUUGACUCUGAAACCACCAUCCCGUCCAAAUUUACGAAACACAAGACCACUGCGCGCGAUGAUUACACUUCUGCUCGUCUCAGGCGGGGCAUUACUUCCCCGUCAGACACUUCGGAGGUCCUAGUGGUGAACCCGAAUGACGAGAUCAUGGAAGGCAGCAUCACCACACCGUACAUUUUCCGGGGCCAUAUGUGGAUCACGCCCCCACUGAGCAGUGGCGGUAAUCAAGGUACAACACGCAGAUAUGCACUGUCUCGGGGAUUCUGCAUUGAGCAAAAUAUUUCCCGGCAUGGUCUUGUGGAUGGGGAGCCGUGUUGGUUAAGUAAUGGCGUGAGGGGAUUCUUCCGAGGCCAAAUCUCCUUGUCGUAG